AUGGUCAAGAAGGUGUAUUUCGAUGUUACCUGGACUGGGCCGGAGGUCACGGUGGAUAGCAAUGGCAAGCCGACUAACACGGACAAGAGCAGUGCUUCCCGCUCUGGCCGUAUCAACUUCGAGCUCUUCGACGAUGUCGUCCCCAAGACCGCCGAGAACUUCCGCCAGCUCUGCACGGGCGAGCCCGGCUUCGGCUACAAGGGCAGCAAGUUCCACCGUGUGAUCCCAGAGUUCAUGCUCCAGGGUGGUGAUUUCACUCGUGGUAACGGCACGGGCGGCAAAUCCAUCUACGGCGAAAAGUUCGCCGACGAGAACUUCAAGCUCACCCACGACAAGCCUUUCCUCCUCUCCAUGGCCAACGCCGGCCCCAACACCAACGGCUCCCAGUUCUUCAUCACCACCGUUGUCACCUCCUGGCUCGAUGGCCGCCACGUCGUCUUCGGCCGUGUGCCAGCCGGCGACACCAAGUCCAUGGGUGUGGUCAAGAGCAUUGAGGCAUGCGGUAGCAGCAGUGGUGGCAUCAAGGGGAACACCCCUCCUGCUAUUACUGGUAGUGGUGAGGCUUAG